AUGUUCUCCGACGGUCACGGAAAUUCUGGAGCCGCCAGUAGCUCGCAAGACCAGCAGGCCUCACACCCGAACGCCGCUGUAUCGUCCAGCCUCCACAUAUCUCCCGCAGCUUCACCCGACUCCGAGUUCCUCACCCGUCUUCAAAAAUGGUCCACGAAAGUACCAGACUACUACAUUGCUCCAGUUUGCGGCGCCAGCGCGGGUGUGGCGUCCGGGAUCGUGACAUGCCCCCUUGAUGUGAUUAAAACGAAGCUGCAAGCGCAAGGGGGAUUCCUACGACGAAGGGGCCAGGAUGUGGAGGCAAAGGCGUUAUAUCGAGGCAUGCUGGGCACUGGGCGUAUUAUAUGGCGUCAAGAUGGGAUUCGAGGUUUGUACCAGGGAUUGGGUCCAAUGCUCUUGGGUUACCUACCUACCUGGGCCGUCUAUUUGGCUGUUUAUGAUCGGUCACGAGAGUAUUUUUACGAAACUACCGAUAGCUGGUGGCUAUCUCGAGGUUAUGCUUCCAUAACGGCCGGCGCUUGCUCUACUAUUGUCACCAAUCCCAUUUGGGUCAUCAAAACACGGCUCAUGUCACAAAGUCUCAAAUCCAACAGCGAAGGAUACACGGCUCCAUGGCAGUACUCCAGUACCUGGGAUGCGGCCCGAAAAAUGUACAGGACCGAGGGACUCAGGUCGUUUUAUUCGGGACUCACACCAGCGCUUCUCGGAUUGACGCACGUCGCAAUACAAUUCCCACUUUACGAAUAUCUAAAGAUGGCAUUUACCGGAUACGGCAUUGGGGAGCACCCUGAUAACGGCGGCUCUCACUGGAUAGGCAUAUCCUGUGCCACUUUCCUCAGCAAAGUCUGUGCCAGUACAAUCACAUAUCCACACGAAGUUUUGCGAACAAGACUUCAAACACAACAGCGAACAUCCCCCGCACCAUCUCCUGAAGAAAUCUCAUUUCGUGGAGGGUUAGAUCGCCCUCAAGAUUGUGGUAGGCCUCCGGGUGCGGCUUCGUCGGACGGCAUGCCCAACCGACCUCGGUAUACGGGUGUCAUUCGCACAUUUCAAACCAUCUUAAGAGAGGAGGGUUGGCGUGCGUUUUAUUCCGGAAUCGGCGUGAACCUAUUUCGUGCUGUUCCAGCUGCCAUGACCACCAUGCUUACCUACGAGUACCUCAGAAAGCUUAUCGGUCACAUGCAGCAUGAAGGAGACACAAAGCUACGUAUAGCAGAAGCAGACGCAGCGGCCCUUGAAAAGGCGAUCUUGCUGCAGGAUGAGUAA